CGCUUUCUUCUCUCCUCUUAUCGAUGGCCGCUCCUCCCAUCCACGCUUCCUCUUCUCUUCAGUGGCCGAGCCUCAGCUAUAAUAUGGCAAGCGCCUCCUCCUCGGCCUCCUCGAGCGGUGCAGUAGACAAUACUAGUGUCAGGCUACCGGUGUCAGUCAGUCCGAGUGUCCGACUGUCAGUAGAGGGCAGAGCAAGCAACCGACAGUGUAGAUCAUGGCGCGCAACUGCAGAAUCAGCAGCCUGCCGCCGCCGUCGCUGCUCUUCUUCCUGCUCCUCACGCUCUGCACCACCACGCACUGCGAGGCGAGAGCUCUAAAGCAGAGCAAGAAGAACUCGCUGAUGAACGUGCUCUUCAAGCUCAACUUCGCCAGGGCGGUGGAGCCGACGCAGCCGCCCCCUCCCUCGUCGCUCGACGCCAGCGCUGGCAGCGACGCCGCGAGCGCGAGUGCGAGCCUCGCCGCCGUCGAUGCCCCGUUCUGCGUCAACCCUCCCGACGCUCCCCCGUCGUCGUCAUCCACGCCUCCAUUCACCUCCACGGCGCCCUCCUCCACCACUCCGUCCGUCCCGGACCAGCUGCCACCCAUCACCCCCGUCCCGCCCUCCUUCGAGCCCAGCCCGCCGGCCGAUGGCGGUGGCUCAAGUCCGGGGCUGGGCACGCCGGCGUCCACGCCCACGCCGAUCAACCCGCCGCAGUUCGCGCCGAGUCCGCCUGGGACGGCGCCGCCCAGCCCGAUCGUCGUUGUGCCGAGCCCGCCCGACCAAUUCGGCCCUGGCUCGGGCGGCGGAGGACAAGGAGGAGGCGUAGGAGGAGGCGGUGGUGGAGGAGAGGGAGGAGGCGGAGGCGUAGGAGGAGGUGGUGGUGGUGGAGGAGAAGGAGGAGGAGGCGGUGGCGUAGGAGGAGGAGGAGGCGGUGGAGGAGAAGGAGGAGGUGGCGGAGGGGGAGGAGGCGGCGGGUUCAUGCCGCCGAUCAUCUACCCACCGCCGCUGGCCCCGCCGAUGGCGCCAGGGGCCGGGCAGGCGCUGUGGUGCGUGGCGAAGCCGACAGUGCCGGACCCGAUCCUCCAGGAGGCCAUGGACUACGCGUGCGGCUCCGGCGCCGAGUGCCGGUCCAUCCAGCCGUCCGGCUCCUGCUCCCAGCCGGACACCGUGCUGGCCCACGCCUCCUACGCCUUCAACAGCUACUGGCAGAUGACCCGGGCCAACGGCGGCACCUGCGACUUCGGCGGCACCGCCACCAUCGUCACCAGCGACCCAAGCUAUGACAGUUGCGCGUUCAACCUUGUAUGAAGGAGCGGAUCGAUGAGCCAAUUUUCAGCUAUCAUGAGGAGCAUCUUUUCUGUUCCAUUUGUUUCGAGGCCACACAGCACCGAAGGCUUAGUAAGGAGUAGCUGAGAUUAGUGUGAUUUUGAUUCUGGCAAGACUGCUGAUACCGUGUAAAGGCGAUUCCUUGACAUGUGCAUUAUACUGCUAGUAGCUUCUUGGGCAGGAAGAUGCUUAAUCGUGCGUGCCCCUCUUGUAACUUUAA